UUUCGGUAGCUCAUCAGUGAAGUCUUGCUGUAUUACUCAAGUCACUCGUACUAGAGGAGCAAGUUAGUGCAAGCACUGCUGUGAACACAUGAGAUGUUUUCUCUUUGAUCCAAAACGUCUUUGGUUUAAAGGAAAUGGAUUAAACCCUGAGCUCAGGUCUUGGUCACAAGCCAGCUCUAGUGUGUGAGAGAGAGGCCUUUGCGACCAACUUUAAGAAAUCCACCUAAACACACACUCCAACGCUCUUCUCAUGGAGGACAAAAAGUCCAUGAUUGGCAGUUUGCGGCAAAAAGCCAAACUCUUCCGAUACUCGCGGGUUGGCAGCGACAAAAACCCCAACAAGCCAGAGGUGAGGGAAGAGCGCUUGUUGGACCAGCGGAUGAACACGUCUAUGUUGGACGUCCUGCAGAGGAGUCGGACGUCCUCCCUAAAACGCUCCGCCCACCAGCAGCUAGCUGACCUCAGGACGUCCUCGGCUUGCAACAGUAGCCCAACCACCCCCGUCAGCGUGAGUCUGCGAAAGAAAGGGGGCGGCACCGGCCUCGUCGAUUCGCUGGACUCGACUGGCUGGCCGUCGCAGGAGUCAGUCACUGAUGCCCCGUGUGAGGAGCACAACAUCUCCAAAUCCACAGAUGAGAUGGAUCAGGUGCUGCGUUUGAGGGACACACAGCUUGCUUCAUCAGAGAGCCUGGCUGAGAAGCCGCAUUUUAACAGAAAUGGUUCAGAUACGUUCUCCAUACAUGACAGUGAGCACAAUAAUAUUCUGGACAUGAAGACAGAAACAGCUGGAGUAAAUGAGCAUCAGAGGGAAGCUCAGAGAACGUACCUGCUCACUAUAUGCCUGAAGGAGGGCCGUGGACUGGUCAUUAGAGACCGCUGCGGCACAAGUGAUCCAUAUGUGAAAUUCAAACUGGACGGGAAGACCUUAUAUAAAAGUAAAGUGGUGUAUAAGAAUCUCAACCCUGUCUGGAAUGAGACUUUCUCCUUCCCGAUCCGCAACCUGGACCAGAAACUCUUCAUCAAGGUUUAUGAUCGAGAUCUGACAACGGAUGACUUCAUGGGGUCCUGCGGUGUUGAGCUCAAUAAACUGGAACUUGAAAAGAGCAGCGAGAUGGUGCUUCCACUGGACGACCCCAACAGCCUGGAGGACGAUAUGGGUGUCAUAAUCAUCGAUAUUUGCUUAUCUGUGAGGGACGGCAAAAACAAAAAACACAGAUGGGCCCAAAGGAAAAAAAGGAGCCUCAUGGGAAGUACAACAGAGCAUAACAAGCGUCUCACGGAGUCUAUGAAGAAGAGUCAACUCUGGACCGGGGUAUAUACCAUCACUCUGGUGGAGGGGCGGGACUUACCACUGGACGGACAGGCGGACGUGUUUGUUCGCUUUAAACUGGGAGAUCAGAAAUAUAAAAGCAAGAGUCAACUGAAGAAGGUCAACACACAGUGGAGAGAAAGAUUUGACUUCAACCAGUUUCCUGAUAUGUCCACCAUUCUAGAGAUUGAAGUGGUGGGAAAAGGGGGCCGGAGAUAUGAGGAUUGUUAUGGACAGUGUGAGAUCGACUUGUCUGGGUUGCCGUUGAAUGAAUCCACACUGUUUACCCAUGAGCUGGACCCGGGCCGAGGCAGGGUGGUGUUCCUCGUCACUCCCACUCCCUGCACUGGAGCUUCCAUCACGGAUCUCGUCGCUCCUCCACUGGAAGAGCCUCAUGAGAGAGACAACAUGCUGGUUAAAUAUAGUUUCAAGAACUCCCUGAAGGAUUUGAGAGAUGUUGGUUUUCUUCAGGUUAAAGUGAUCAAGGCCACUGACCUCAUGGCUGCUGAUCUAAAUGGAAAGAGUGACCCAUUUUGUGUUCUGGAAUUGGGAAACAACCGGCUGCAGACCCACACCAUAUACAAGACCCUCAACCCUGAGUGGAAUAAAGUCUUUACAUUCCCAGUAAAAGACAUUCAUGAGGUUCUGGAAGUGACUGUGUUUGAUGAGGAUGGAGACAAAGCCCCAGAUUUCUUGGGGAAGGUGGCCCUUCCUUUACUCUCGAUACGUAAUGGUCAGCAGGUUGCUUGUCCUCUGAGGAAAGAGAAUUUGGGAGGACUGUCUAAAGGAACCAUAGUACUGGAGCUGGAAGUCAUUUUCAAUUCUAUCAAAGCAAGCAUCAGGACCUUCACACCUAGAGAACAGAAGUUUAUGGAGGACAAUGCCAAGUUUUCUAAGAAGGUUCUUGCCAGGAAUGUUCUUCGCGUGAGGAACCUUUAUCGUGCUGUGUGCCAUGCCAACCAGUUCAUCAAGAGCUGUUUCCAUAAAACCAUUGAACAAAUGAAGCACAUUUAUGACAAAUAUUGA